AUGAUGUCCAGAAGCCAGUCGAGUCUGGACCCCUCGGCGACUGGGGCCCAACCUGGACUUCAACCGCCAUCCUCGAACUCAGGUCCCAUCAAUCUGUCUGGUCUGGUAUGCAAUGUCCGCCGAACGACCGGCAGAGAACCGCAUCCGUUGGUCGGGGCCACUACGACGAUCUUGGGCGAUAAGCUCUACGUGUUCGGCGGUCGUGUUCUUUCCAAAAGUCGCCCGCAAUUGACGUCGGAUAUAUACGAGCUGGACUUGAUCCGGCCCACGGGCGAUGUCCCUCGCCCGCGCUAUUUUCACAGUCUGGUGUGCUAUGGUGGCAUGUCGCCUGCGCUGAAUGUGGCGAAGGAGUCCGCAACUAAUGGUUCGGGUGGACAGGAGGCGCAGCCGGAGGUUGUGGUUAUGUCUGAUAUUCACAUAUUCGAUGUCCCUUCCCGGACGUGGACCCGUGUGCCCGCGAGCGACUCGCCGCAGGGCCGCUAUGCGCACUGUGCGACUAUUUUGCCUUCAAGCGCCCAUUUCACUUCCGCUACUGCGCCACUUUCCGCGAUUCACCAUAACCCGGCUUCGUCGAAUCCGCACCAGGGCUCGAUCGGCGUUGAUAUUGAUGGGUUCGGAGGCGCAGAAAUGGUGGUUGUAGGAGGACAAGAUAGCUCAAAUCAUUAUAUUGAGCAGAUCAGUGUGUUCAACCUACGCAGCUUGAAGUGGACCAGCACCAGUCAUCUGGGGCGAAGCUGUGGUGCUUAUCGGAGCGUAGUUGCUCCCUUGGUCGGUAUGAACGUUUCCGACAUUGGGUCCGCUGCAGACAAUCAGGAGGAGCAGGAGCCGGUGGAAGAGUCGCAGGUCGAGGGGUGUCCGAUGCUGGUAUAUUCCAAUUACAAUUUCCUGGAUGUGAAGUUGGAGCUUCAGGUGCGCCUACCGGAUGGCCGCCUGAUCGAGAAACCCAUGCAGAGUCAGGCCUCGCCUCCUGGCUUGAGGUUUCCCAACGGAGGGGUCAUCAAUGGGCAUUUUGUCGUGAGCGGGACGUAUCUGACGUCGUCAAAGCAAGAAUAUGCGCUGUGGGCCCUCGACCUUCGGACUCUCACCUGGGGUAGGAUCGAUGCCGGCGGGUCUGUGUUCGGCCAUGGCAGCUGGAAUCGUGGCAUUCUGUGGUCGAGAAGGAACACCUUCGUCAUUCUGGGCCACCGGAAGCGCAGUCUCGUCGAGGACUACAAUCAUCGCCGGAUCAACUUCUCCCACGUGUGUAUGGUCGAGCUGGAAGCGUUUGGGCUCUACAACAAUGCAUGUCGGACCACGCCCACCUCGGGAUACAUCUCUUACAGUGCGCCUUCGGUUCCUGCGUCCAUGCAGCCCAGAUUGACCAAAUUGACCUCUGGUGGAAGGCCAUUUUCCUCCGCGUCCGACGAACUGGGAAGUCUCGCCCAGUCUCUGCCUGAAAUGGCCGAUAUGGAACUCCAGGCUGUUGGGGGAGAGCGGAUCCCUGUGAACUCGCGCAUCCUGACCCGUCGAUGGGGCCCCUACUUCAUCCAGCUUCUUCGUGAGUCCUGCGACGGUGGGAUAGGCGAGACUGUCACGCUCCGUCCAGCAGUCGCGAUGUACCCAAGUCGCAACUCGAGCAUCACCAUCACCCCCUCCAUCGGGCAAAACAGCAACUACUCCACCAGCUCUACUCUCGUCAGCAACCACUCAGCCACGUCCAAGUCCUUGUUAGCGAACCUUGAGAUACCCUCUGCGCAUAGCCUUUCCCCUACCUCUCGUCCCCGCGUGCUUUAUCUCCCACACACUUUUUUGACCCUCCAAGUUCUUGUCUAUUACUUUUAUACUUCCUCCCUACCCCCCGCUGGCUCCCCCCUUUGCACCCCGCAGAUCCUCUGCUCCCUCCUCCAACUCGCCCGCCCCUAUCAGGUCGACGGCACCGGCUUCACCAGUGGCCCUGGGGGCACUCUGGAAGCGUUGAACGGCGCGCACGCCAGCCACGAAUCAUCCUCUGGCACGGGAACCACCACCUCCCAAAGCCAUCUUACCUCCGACUCGUCUGACACGGAGCACGGUACUUCUGCCGUUUCCGUUGCCAGCAGUGCCAGCGGUGUGAUGGGCUCCCGCGGGAUCCCCCUCCGCAUCAACACCAAUAUCUUCAGCCGCCGCCAGCGCAGCACGGCCGGCCUGGACCGAGAACGAGAGCGCGACCGCGACCGCGAAGACGCCAUGAGCAACGCCAGUACCUCCACCUCCGCCUCCACCAACACCAGCUUCGAUCACUCUGACACCGAGAUGGGCGGGGAUCCGACCCGACCGUCCCACCAUCGCCGCAACACCGACGCGGAACUCCGUCCCGAGCGCGAGAUCUGGACCGGCGACCUCAGCAGCGUCAUUGGAUUGCAGAAGCGCGGUCUGCGCGGUCUCAUGGAAGGCCGACGAUUGCGUGAACGCAAUACCAAACCCGCAAACGGAGCAGACCAUGGUGCUCUAGCGCCUGGUGCGUAG